AUGUCUGCCCAACAAUCCAACAAUGCCUUGUUGGUCGCCGACAAAUCAUUGCGUUCACACCUCAACUGGAUCAAACUCUUUCAGUCAGAUGGCCGGGUGGUGGUUGACCAGGCACAUGAAGUUGCCAAGCUAGUAUCACAAGCACUCCAGCAACACGGCAGGAAUGCGUCGGUCAUUCCGCCGUUGCUGCUCUCUGCAGCCGCUGAAGUUCGUGAGACAAUGAACGUCGGUCAGGUCCCCCAAUGGGAACGUGUGCGGGUGGAUGAUUCCCGCUUUGAAUCACACCCCUUCUUCCCCAAGACACAAGGGCUUGCUGCACCUGCACUGGCGCCAGUGCCAACCCCAGUCCCAGUCCCAGUCCCAGUCCCAGUCCUGCCCCCAGCUCCCAAGGUGAUGUCGGUCCCACCAAUUGACUCACUUCCCAUCAAGGCUGCCAAGCCGACGGCCGAUAAGGGGAAGCAGCCGGUUCGGGGGACUCGGCGAGCCAGGGAGGAUGAGUCAGGUGAGUCGGGCGACGUCUCACGCAAGAAGCGUAGGAUCGUGUUGAAGGCCAUCAUCUCUGACACCGAAGAUGAUGAUGGCCAGCCAGGCAAGACCAUCAUUGUGGUAAAGCCAUCUAAGGCGGCGGUGCCUCAGACUCCAGCCCCCGCCAAGAAGGUGAAGCAGGUGAGAUUCACCUCGUCCCCUCGGUCAUCACCACUCAGAGAUAUCCAGGCCGACACCAAGGAGCGCAUUGGCCGACCAACGCCGAAGGGUAAGGGAAAGGAGAAGGAGAAGGAACAGGCUGUGACGAUCGCCGAGGGUGAUGUGGUGAGUUUCGCCGGUUCUAUACAUGACUGA